AUGGCCAUGCUAGAGGACCUUGAGUCCCUGCAGUUCGAGCGCGGGAUUGAAGAGGAAAACCGCAGCUGGCUGUAUUUGCAGCGCCGUUGCCAGGGGCUGAUGAUCAAGGGCUGUGCCCAUGCGACCUUCUUCUGUAAGCUGCUCCGUGAUUUGAGAAAAUUAUUACAGGAGAAGCAAACUUCCAGAUGUUCCUCGACCGAAUCGCUUGCAUCGCUUGCCAAUACUCCUGAGGAUGAUGAGUUAAAGGUGGGCAUCAUUGGAGGUGGCCACCUCGGGAAGCAGCUGGCUCGUGUACUGCUUCAGCUUGUCCCCAUCCCUGCUGAGAGGCUGCGGAUCUCCACUCGGAGGCCAGAGGCUCUGGAUGAGUUCCAGAAACUGGGAGUCCAGUGCUUUUACAAUAACCCUUACCUGGCCGGCUGGGCCAACCUGGUGUUCCUCUGUUGCCUGCCAUCUCAGCUGCCCAGUAUCUGCACGGAAAUACAAAGCAGCUUCAAAAAAACCUGCAUUGUGUACAGCUUCGUAUCUGCCGUCCCGAUACCCAGGUUGAAAAACCUACUGAACCACACCAAUAUCUUGCGGCCUCAGUACCAGUGUGUUGAAGGUUUUGCCAACAUCGUGGGGGCCAAUAAGGAAAUCAUAGCUGCUCUCCAAGAUCCCGUGAUUCUUCAGGCCACCUGCCCCUGCAACCCUGCUGGCGGAGUAAUCCUCAAUAUCAAGUGGUUGGAUGGAGUGUUCUACGCAGCUCUAAACGUCUGUAAGGCAAGGGGCACGCGUCUCUUUCAAGCGCUUCAGCUUCUGAAUGAGCUGUUCCCUUCUGUGCACUUCAAGAAAUGCAGGAAGGAUGGAGCGUCUUGCCCAAAAUUUCAAUUACGGCACUUUCUCAGCGCGGGCUAUUCUGAGAACCUGUGUCCAGGAAGCUGUCUCCCCUGGUUUGAUCUGACUGCUGUGCAACUCAGGGAAACUCCCUUUAGCGACCACCUCCUGACCAACCCUGCUUUCCAAGACCACCUCACCCACCUGUACUGUAAUUCAUUUGGCAUCCCCCUCCCCGAAGAACAGCAGGAUGUGGCUCGCACAGGCUCUCCAUCCCAAUGA